GUUUAGAACAGAUAGAGCUAUCCAGUAUAAAUAAAGUUAGUUUAGUUUAGGUUCUUCCUGUAGUAACACUGGAUCAACAAGAGAUGAUCCUCACUGGACCUCUAGGAAGAACAGUUUAGAACUGAUAGUGACAUUCUGAUCACUGGAUCGUGACCGAAUGGCAUGGAGAAAUGAAAAGACAAUGCAACAUUUUGGUAUUGUUAUGCUGUAAAAAUUACUGUAUAAAAUAACCCAAUUUUUUUUUAACUCUCUUUCAGAUUCAACAACCUUAAAGGCCAAACGCGCAAAGUGGACAUAGACGACGAAGUCAGAAUAUGGUGUCCAAAAUACUACACCCAAGGCAUCAAAACAACUUAUCAACUGCAUCAAUCUAAACUAUACUUCGCAUUAUACAAAGUAGAAACGAAAGAAGAGUAUGACAAUUGUGAUGCAAGAAAGGGGAAGAGAUUAUUGUACUGUACCGACCCAUCUGGGGAAAGUACGAAAGACACAGAGGAAAGACAGAUUGUAUUUAUGAGUAAUCCAAUCAGUAGCUUCAAUGAUCCCUAUCCUGCUGGGAACACUUACUACUUUAUUGGUAGGUAACAUCUCUCAUCUCUCUCUAAUAUAAAUUUAAUCAACAGAACCAAUGAAGGUACAGACAACAGGACCCACAUUAAGUCAUAGGAACUCAGGAAUAUAUUUUUUCUCACCUCAUUAUAAAACCUGUUCCCAAAUCAAUGUCCUCUUUAGGAACGUCUGGUGGUCUGAAGGAAAACAUCGACAAAAAAGUCGGAGGGAAAUGUCGAAGUCACAACAUGAAGUUUGCAAUUUAUGUCUGUAGACAAGAAGAGAAUUGCAACGUUGAUGGUAAGAUAUUAAUAGACACCUCACAAAAAAAAAGCCCACACUCCCCCUAUAGUAUUUCAGCAUACGUUCUAAACAACCAGACCAUAUUUUAGACAGCUGUUUUAGUGGUUUGUCUCUCUGAACAGCUAUGUUUCUGUAUUUUGUGGAUAAAUCUAGCCUAACAAAGUUCCAGUUUCUCAUUGAUGUGGUUGACGGGAGUCCCUGAUAAUCAUACUUAGGACUUAUUAGAAUGCGAAGAAUGAUUAUACAAUUUCAUGACACUUUACGGCUGCCAACAAACAGGCUUGUUAAAUGGUGAAAGGAGGAGUCCGAUCACAUCGCGUUAUGAAAACGGAUUAGUGUGGGCGUAGCCUAGAUCAGUGACAAAGCUAGUAUGAAUGGCAACUGGUCAUGAUAUGCUAAUAAACCUGCAUUUACAUAGGUUAAAGACAAUUAUACAUUUCUAAAGGUUUUGUCAUGUGAGUGAUAAAAACGGUGCUCAUCUUGUAUUUCUUCUUCUCUUUAGUAUUGGAUGGAGGAUGGUCGUUGUGGCAAGUGAACAAAGCAACAGGAUUGUGUGAGAGGAACUGUACUGACCCAGCGCCACAGAAUGGUGGCUUUGGUUGCAGAGGUUCAAAGAAUAUCGACUGCUCUAAGAGUAAGGAUUUUUGUUACUAAAGAUUGUGGUGGUGAUGAUGAUGAUGUUGGUGAUGAUGAUGAUGAUGAUGAUGAUGUUGAUGAUGAUGAUGGUGUUGAUGAUGAUGUUGAUGGUGAUGAUGAUGGUGAUGGUGAUGAUGAUGUUGGUGAUGAUGAUGAUGUUGAUGAUGAUGAUGAUGAUGGUGAUGAUGAUGUUGGUGAUGAUGAUGUUGGUGAUGAUGAUGAUGGUGAUGAUGAUGAUGAUGGCGAUGAUGAUGAUGGCGAUGAUGGUGAUGUUGGUGAUGAUGUUGAUAAUGAUGAUGAUAAUGUUGGUGAUGAUGUUGAUAAUGAUGAUGAUAAUGAUGAUAAUGAUGAUGGUGGUGAUGGUGAUGAUGGUGAUGAUGUUGAUGAUGAUGAUGAUGGUGUUGAUGAUGAUGUUGAUGGUGAUGAUGAUGGUGAUGGUGAUGAUGAUGUUGGUGAUGAUGAUGAUGAUGUUGAUGAUGGUGAUGAUGAUGAUGUUGGUGAUGAUGAUGUUGGUGAUAAUGAUGAUGGUGAUGAUGAUGAUGAUGGCGAUGAUGAUGAUGGCGAUGAUGGUGAUGUUGGUGAUGAUGUUGAUAAUGAUGAUGAUAAUGUUGGUGAUGAUGUUGAUAAUGAUGAUGAUAAUGAUGAUAAUGAUGAUGGUGGUGAUGGUGAUGAUGGUGAUGAUGUUGAUGAUGAUGAUGAUGGUGUUGAUGAUGAUGUUGAUGGUGAUGAUGAUGGUGAUGGUGAUGAUGAUGUUGGUGAUGAUGAUGAUGAUGUUGAUGAUGGUGAUGAUGAUGAUGUUGGUGAUGAUGAUGUUGGUGAUAAUGAUGAUGGUGAUGAUGAUGAUGAUGGCGAUGAUGAUGAUGGCGAUGAUGGUGAUGUUGGUGAUGAUGUUGAUAAUGAUGAUGAUAAUGUUGGUGAUGAUGUUGAUAAUGAUGAUGAUAAUGAUGAUAAUGAUGAUGGUGGUGAUGGUGAUGAUGGUGAUGAUGUUGAUGAUGAUGAUGAUGGUGUUGAUGAUGAUGUUGAUGGUGAUGAUGAUGGUGAUGGUGAUGAUGAUGUUGGUGAUGAUGAUGAUGAUGUUGAUGAUGGUGAUGAUGAUGAUGUUGGUGAUGAUGAUGUUGGUGAUAAUGAUGAUGGUGAUGAUGAUGAUGAUGGCGAUGAUGAUGAUGGCGAUGAUGGUGAUGUUGGUGAUGAUGUUGAUAAUGAUGAUGAUAAUGUUGGUGAUGAUGUUGAUAAUGAUGAUGAUAAUGAUGAUGAUGAUAAUGAUAAUGGUGGUGAUGGUGAUGAUGAUGUUGAUAAUGAUGAUGAUGAUGAUGAUAAUGGUGAUGAUGAUGAUGGUGGUGAUGGUGAUGAUAAUAAUGUUGGUGAUGAUGAUGUUGAUGAGGAUGGUGGUGAUGAUGGUGGUUGUGAUGAGGAUGGUGGUGGUGAUGAUGGUGGCGGUGGUGGACUGGUGGUGGUGGUGAUGAUGAUGGUUGUGAUGGUGUGGUAUCUUGACUAAUAAUUUGCAACUUUCCAUCAUCUUAGUAAUAAGUGGCAGAAAGCCGAGCCCAACAACUGCAAAAGAAUCAACAACAGAAACUACAACCACAGCAGUGAAAGAGAGCACAAAAGAAACUACAAUAUUAACUUCAAAAAAACAGAAAGUAAACACACCCAAACCGACAGUCCGAACGAUCCAUCAGCCUAAACCAACAUCUAUGCCAACAACAUCUAUGCCAACAAAGUAUAUGCCAACAAAGUAUAUGCCAACAACGUCCAGCACUGAUUCCACAAUAUCCAAUAAGGAUGCUCUCGGUAGGUAGCUUGCAAAUUACAAAGGGUCAGCCCUUACUAAACCUCCAGAAAGAACAGUUUAGAACUGAUAGAACUAUCCAGUAUAAAUAAAGUUCGUUUAGUUUAGAUUUCCUCCUGUAGUAACACUGGAUCAAUAAGAGAUGAUCCUUACUGGACCUCUAGGAAGAACAGAUUAGAACUGAUAAAGCUAUCCAGUAUAAAUAAAGUUAGUUUAGAUUUCCUACUGCAGUAACACAGGAUCAACAAGAGACUGGGAUGAUUCUUACUGGACCUCUAGGGAGAACAGUUCACAACUGGUAGAGCUAUCUAUUCCUAUAUUAUUAAUAAUGUAUGUUUAUCCAUCUCUAUUCUAGAAACAGAAACGGGCAACAGUGACGACGUAACGCUAUCCAUGAAGGGUGCAGUUCUGACAUUUGUUGGUUUGUUUAUACUUGGCUGCAUUGUAGGAAUUGUACAAGUACUCAUUAUUCUUCAUGUUAGGAGCAAACGUUCUGGAAAACAGCCAGGUGCGUGUGAUAUUUGUUAACCCAUCUGUAUUGUUGUUGUCAGUAAGCGUUACAGGUCACUAGAUGGUGGACAAUGUCAGAAAUUGAAAAAAAUACCUAUGGUUCCUGUUCCCAACCGACCCUAUUUUUUUUUCUGCCGACCCUAUUCUUUUUUCAACGCAAUUGACCGUGCGACCCUAUUUUCUCCAGGUGGUUGCGGGCUGCUCAUACAGCAUGCCAAAAUGGCGCCUGUUGUCACACUAAUUAUUGAACCAAAUUGCCUAAAUUCGUCCAUAGGAAAUACGCAUCUCUAGUUAAUAUUGAUGUCGGGACUCUACUGCAAAUCACCCGGCAAAAAACCACCAAAACCAUGAAAAAAUAUUCAAAAAAAAUUUAUUUCUAACCUACCAACCCUAAUUUUUUCAUGAUGUGAAACCGAAACCACAGGUAUUUUUUUGGCCUAAUAUUUUUGCCUCCUAAUACAAGGACUACUACAUAUAAUGAAAAGAAUGAACAUUACUUUAUCACUCUGAUAACUGAAACACACCUAUAUAUUUAAUUAAUACUGUUUAAUAGUCAAAUAUAAUACCUGAUUUGUGAACUAAAAUCACCCUAUUCUCUUUCCAACAGAGCCACAAAGUCCUGUGAACCACGUAUGACAGUGAUUUCAGCUUGACAAACAAGUCAACAAGCACAAGUGGCAGCCAAACGCCCAUGAAGUCUUUAACCAUGUGGUGUUGCAAUUAAACACAAAAUUACCCAAGAUUUGCGACACCUUUUUCAACAUUUUCUCUGAUUCAACGACAGUAUAAAUGGUCUCAAUCGAAAGAGCAUUACAAUGUUCACAUAAUACACAAGAAUCGUUGCAAAACAAUUGUGAAAAUUGAAGAGAUUUUAACGUUUAAAAUCAGAACAAUUUAAAAAUUGAGAAUUUUGAAAAGAACUUUAAAUUUCGCGCAAUGUCCCGCGAGUUCCCUGUUCGUGUCCAGUUUUUUCACGCGGGGAAACUACGCGGUACCGUCGAUUGCAUCCAAAGGUGAACAGGCGCAAAUAAAAACAUUGUACAAGUUAUAAACUUGUGACAAGGUUGUUGCGAAGCCAAUAUCAGGAUGCUUUCACACUGCUUGUUCCCAGUUGUUGUGAGAAGUCUGGAACACUAAUUUAUUACGGCAUAUGCACAGAUAACCAGUUCUCAAAGAGAAAAAGCGAAAUUAAAAUAGAUAGGAGCAUAGAAUACUAGAUAUUAAACCAUUUUAUGGUGUAGAGAAUUAACUUUAGCAACUAAACGUUCGUUUGUACUUUGUACACACAUUAACACAAAGAGGCAUCGGAAGGCUUUUUCCGGAGCCCCUCGUAACACAUACUCAAUAAUCGCACAAGAAAUAGAUCGUAUUAAUACUAAGAAUAGUCGCGUCACACUAUGACCAAAAGUCGUGAUGUGUUAUUUAACCAAAUUUACGCAUAACCAGAUAAUGAUGUGUGUCAAAAAACUAUUGUAAAUAAAAGUGUUGUGUAUAUUAGAAUUAUUUAGAGAUUAAUUUAUAACAGAUUAUGUAUGAAAUGGUAAAGUUGAGUAAAAGUUUAUAUUUGUGAGAG